UCCUGUAAACAAAUCCCUUCUUUCGAACCCAGAGAAAAGAAAAGAUGAUGCUCGGUGAGCCACACCGACACAAUCAAGCGAUCCACGUCCCUCCUUGGCAACUCCAAGAAAAUCCAACGUCCGAUGCUUGCCCCCCGUUCUCCUUAUCUCCCCUCUCCGUCACCUCCGACGGCAAUGGCAACGGAAACGGCGGCGACUAUUCACCUUACUAUCUCCAAGAAGCCCUGACGGCGCUCCAGCGUUACUUGCCCUCCAACGGAGCCGACAUCGAGUCGGACUCCGAAAUCCUGGGCCGGGAGUCUGAUGGUCCGGUUGACGCGUACUCCUGCGACCAUUUCCGCAUGUUCGAGUUCAAGGUGAGGCGGUGCGCACGUGGCAGGUCACAUGACUGGACAGAGUGCCCGUACGCCCACCCGGGAGAGAAGGCCCGCCGGAGGGACCCGAGGAAGUAUCACUAUUCUGGUACGGCCUGUCCUGAUUUCCGAAAGGGAAACUGUAAGAAAGGUGAGGCUUGCGAGUUCGCGCAUGGCGUGUUUGAGUGUUGGCUCCACCCUGCCCGCUAUCGAACGCAGCCAUGCAAGGACGGGACCAGUUGUCGGAGGAGGGUCUGUUUCUUUGCUCACACCCCGGAGCAACUCAGGGUUUUGCCUCAGCAGAGUCCCAGGAGUGCGGCCAGCAACUCGGUCGAGUCCUAUGAUGGAUCGCCUCUGAGACAGGCGAUAGAGGCAUCUUGUGCAAAAACCCGGACGUUUAUGUCCUCUCCUCCGUCCAUUUCUCCACCGGGGACUCCUCCAUCGGACUCUCCACCUAUGUCGCCCAUGACCCAGCCAUUGAGUCGGUCCCUUGGCUCGAACUCGAUCAACGAAAUGGUGGCAUCACUGCGGAAUUUACAGCUUGGGAAGAUGAAGUCUUUUCCAUCUUCUCGGAAUGUUCCAAUGGGUUCUCCCGUUUUCGGGUCUCCUAGAGGGUCUAUUCUCCGACCCGGUUUCUGUAGCGUGCCAACGACCCCGACCCAGGCCCUGACGCGUCCAGGAAUCGGAUACCUUGAUUUCUGGGAUCAGGGUUGGGAGGAGGAGCCGGCGAUGGAGAGGGUCGAGUCGGGGAGGGAUUUAAGGGCUAAGAUGUUUGAGAAACUGAGUAAGGAGAACUCACUGGAGAGGGUGGACCCGGGUCCGUCAAGUAAUGCUCCGGAUGUGGGUUGGGUUUCGGAGCUGGUAAAGUACUGAGGCAAAGCUGGGGUAUUUUCUCUGAUGAUUGGUUAUAUUUUGGGUUGGUUAAUUUGGGUGGCCUUUAUUUUGUUCCUUCUCUCUCACACACUGUGAAUAGAAUCUGAAGCAAGGGAGUGAUGAGGAAGAAGACUCAAAAAGGAGGAUGAUUUUGGAAGCAACAGACUGUUGAAGAUUCUGUACUGUAAAUAUGUUGUUCUUUUCAAAUAUAUAUAUAUAUAUAUAUUAUCAGAUGGUAUGGGAGAUGGUAUUGGUGAUGAGUAGAAUCUCUAUUUUGGUGGAAUUUUCUGAGAAGUUCAGAUUGUUAAGUAAGCAAGGAAGAAAGAAAAAGAAAAUGAUGGAAACUUUUGUUUGAUUUUAUGUUUUAUAGAUAGGGAAGGAGUGGGUAAUCAUUCCCAGUUUUCUUUUCUAUUGAUCAUUAUUGCUAUGUUUAUUAUUACCAUCCCCACUUACUGAUCUUUGCUUUUCUUUUGAAAUAUCACAUUGUAAAAAUUUCUUGGCAUUGUAAUGCACUUUAUCCAUAUGAAAUUAUUACUGUAUUGUAUA